GUCACACUGGUCACUAAGUUACAGCUCUGCUGGUCCACAUAAUUGUAGUUGUCAUCUGGCAGAAAGUGAUGUGGCAGAAAUAUCAUCUUGUCUAAGACUGAGCCUGAGACAAUUCGCUAUGCAUUUCAAGGGUCAUUUUCUGCUGGAUCUCUGUCCCAGGUUUUAGCUGACCAGUGACUUUUUUUUUCCAUUUGGAAAGAUGCUUCGUCAAGGGCUCACUCUCACCCUUCUAAUCUGGUCUGCGGGCUUGUUCCAAGAGAGUCACUGUUUUUGUGACAAAGUACCCUGGGCCAAAGUUGGAUGGGAGAUUCUUCCAGAAGAUAUGGAGAAAUUGAAGCUUACGCUUCCUCCUUCAACUUACUGCUUGCCUUUCCCUUUGGAGAAAAUGUGCUGCACUUUUCCCACCAUCAAGCCGUUCUACAGUUGUAUGUUUGCCCUCUGUACUCUUCUGAAGAGUCUGUGUUUUAUCCUGGCUUCUCUAACUACAUAUUCGCUCUGGACCAAAUGGAAGCAGCAUUUGAAGUUCCUGAGAGAGUGGCUACACCCUUGGGAGCUUCAAAGGAGAGAAAAGAAAAAAAAGACAGAAAAACCUGCAGUUUCCCAAAUGCAUUCUGAAAGUGGAAAUAGCACUUACUCCAGUAAUCUGAAAAAGCUGCGAGUGGACCCUUCCACAGAGUUCUUAAAUAAAAAAUUACCGGGUGGAGCCCUCCAAAGGACGGAUCAGAUCCUCUCCAGGCUUGUGAAUGCUAUAUCGAUUCUAACAAGUUACCUGGACCAACCAAACGACCGUCACCACCACCAUCACCAUCACUACCACCACCACCACCAAAAAUCCAAAUUCGGCCAAGUCAAGGAAAAAAAGAAAGAUGCUGAAAACGAUUGGCCCUUUCCCACCAUUACCGUUUGUUCACACGCUCCCCCCUCUAUCUUGAACACUUCCCACAGAGAUGUAAACUACUAAAAGAAAGGAAUCUAUCUGGGAUAAGAAGCAUUCUUUCGUUCCACUCUUUCUGUCUUAAACAUUCUUUAUGGAGUUUUCCUUAUGCAGAAAUUUCGUUCAACUAAAAACGAAAGUGCUUGACUAACAUGGUGUUGGGCAGAAAGUUGUCUUAUAAUAAAAACUACUAAGCACUGAA